AUGACGGUUGGAACGCAAGAACAAGCCUUUUUUGAAGCAGCCAUGAAUCCGCCUGUUCUUGAACAGGCUCAGGCUUUCGGAGUUUCGACAUCGAGGGUUUGCUUUUUUUUUUAAUUUUUCAUUCUGUUUUUUUUUCUUAUUGUUUGUAGAGAACUAGUUAAUUUUGUACAUCAGAAAAGUUUAUAAUAUUUAGGGCGAUAUGAGUUAUUUUCCGAAUUUAGUUAUAUCUUCUAGUUUUUAACAAAAUUCCUUUUCAAGGUUUUUUUGUCAUAUUUUUUGAUUCUUAUUUUAUUUGAUGUGUGAAAAGAGUAAAUAAAUUGUAGGUCUUCUCAAAUUUUUAUAUCGGUUUGUCUUAAAAUUUCAUGAUAUUUGAAAAUUGGAAGUUAUGAAACAAACAGGCAAAAUUAUGAAAUUUAGAACGUUUUUUUUUAUUUGAGGAAGAUUUUUUUAUUAAAUUUGGUUCAAUCUUAUUUUUUUCCUUCAUAUUUUUUUACGGAUAACUUCUAUUCUUUCAGUUAUUCCCCGAUUAUGUUCUUCCCGAAGCAAUCGUCGAGAAGAUCCUCACCAAAAUGGAUCUGGAGACGGUUCAAAUCAUGACUCAACUGAAUAAAGACUGGAGAACCAAAAUCCAAAGUAUCCGGCAUAUAUUAAAGUAUGGAAAUUAUGAGAAUGGGAUUUUACUAUAAUUUUUCAGAAGAAAACGGGUUUUGAAGCUGGAGUUGCGGUCGAAUGGAGCGUUUUUGCUCAUUUGCUGCUGGAAAGAUUCCGAGCAAAGUGAACAGAUCGAUAGUCGCUGGCGACGGGUUAUAGUUCGUAUUUAGAUUCUUGUUUUAAUUGAAGAUCAUGGGAAAAUGGAAAUUUUGGGUAAAAUUUCAAUGGAAACGUUUUUCUCACUCUCUUGUCGUUUUUAAAUUUUUAAAAUUAAGUAAAGAAAUUCGAAAUAUUGACGAUUUUUGCUUGAGAAGCAUGUUAUUUUUUUAUACUUUAUAACUUUUUGUUUAAGUUUUUCUUUAGAGAUGAAAAGUUGGUUUGAAAUCGUGUUUAUCGGGGAUUUUUUGUAUGUUGUUUUUUUAAUUCAAAUCAAAAAUUAGGGUUUUGAAAUUUUUUUAUUGAUUUUUUACCGAAUUUCGGAAAGUUUCUAUCGAUUUUCACAAUUAGAUCCAAGGUUUUUUUUUUUUGAAAACUUUGAAAAGUUCUUUAUUGAGUUCUGAAGAAGGUGAAAAAGAAGGAAAGGCAAAAUUUGCAACUAAAAAAUCUUUUUUUCUAAAAUCGAAUUCUGUUGUUUGUUUUUUGAAUGUGAAUCGAAAAAAAUGGAACUUUUUCCACUUCAGACUCUAUAAAACUCAUCUGAAACUUAUGAAAGAAAAAAUAAAAUAAUGAUGAGAGAUUUUUCAAAAGCGAUUUUUUUAGAAGUCUUCUCGUGUUUUUGAUGAAAUUUUAGUGUUAUACUUUGCUGGCGCGAAAAUAAAUCCAAUAUUGAGACGAAAGUUAUAAGCGGUUUAAGGGAUGAUUUGUGAAAGGUUUCAAAAGAAAAAAAGCUGAAAAUGUUGGGAGAAGAAAUAAAAAAAGAAGAUAAUUUCUGAGCAAUUUUUAAUUUUUUUGAAGUUUUUCUCGUGAUUUUUGAUCCAAAUUUAGUUUUUGAAAUUUCGCAGGCAGAAUCCAAAAAAAUGUUUAUAAACGCCUAAAUGAAUAUUUUCUACUAUAAUAAUGUAAGGUUAAUUGAAAAUAUUGGAAGAAGAUUUGAAAUGAAGAUAUUUUUUUGAUUUUUUUCAAUUUUUUUGAAGUUUUUCUCGUGUUUUCCAUUCAAUUUUAGUGUUAGUUUUGCAGGCGGAGUCCAAAAAUAAGUUUAUAAGCGUCUAAAUGAUUAUUUUUCUACUAUAAUAAUGUAAAGUUAUUCGAAAAAUAUCUGAAGAAGACUUGGAAUGACGAUAAUUUUUUUAGUUUUUAAUUUUUUUCAAAGUUUUCUCUUGUUUUUCCAAUGAAUUUCAGUGUUGAACUUUGCAGACGCGAAAGUAAAUUCGAUAAAAAAAAAUUUAAAGCGGCUGAAAAAAUUUUUUUCAUUAUGAUUUCGCAAAGAUACUUUUGAAAAUAUUAGAGGAAGACUUGGAAUGACGAUAAUUUUUUCGAUUUUUUUAAGUUUUCUCGUGUUUUCCAUUAAGUUUCAGUGUUGAAUUUUGCAGGCGCGAAAAUAUUUCAUUGCCGGCGACGACUUUUUCCACCACAUUGCCUAUAUCAGCCCUCGAAUCGCUUCCAUCAAAGGCGGACAUCCGAAAUUGAGCAUGGGGCUGGCGACGAUCCCGGAUUGGUGGUUCAGGAACGUUUCUCAGGUGGGAAAAAGGGAAAAAUCUCUUGAAAAAUAGUUUUGAAUUCAAAAAUUGUGCUUUUUAUGAGAAACUUUAUGAACAUGAGGUCGCAGUUUUUUGAAGAAUGUUCUGAAAUAUUUGGGAAACUAUUUUCAAAAAUUCCUCGGAAGUUUCCUUUUUUCCAAGAUUUUCAUUGGAGAAGAUUCAGAUUUUUUUUAAACCCAUUAUCAAAUUUAAUGGCUUUUUCUUAUUGAAUUGAAAGAAAUUACACGGCUUUACUGGUUUUAGAGGUAUAAAGAAUACGCAAAAAAUAAUUUUAAAGUGAAAAUCUGCUCACUUCAGCCUUUCCGACGCCAAAUUCGACCAAUUUUUCAUAAAUUAUCCGCUCUUUUCGGCAUUUCGACCACUUUUCUGUGAUUUUUGAAGUUUCUAAAGAUUCCGUGAUUUCUUGCCUUUAUUAUCGGAACGCGACAGAUAAAGUCGCCUCCGAACGGUUUCCUCGAAAUUUUCCCUCAAAAAUUUCAUUUUUUUGAUGGUCAUACCAUAAAAAUAAGUUCUUUUUUUAUUAAUUCGUUCGUUAUCGAAGCACUGAAUGUGAAGACGAAAUGACCAAAAAAAUAUAUGAUUCGAAACGUAGGUUCGCUGGUUUUUAGAUAGCUCUGAAUAAUGUGAAAUGACGUUUUUUUCGGAUUUUGAAGACGUUAGAAACGAAAUUUCUGUAAUAAUUAAUUUUUAAAGGCGAGGUGAAACAUGGUUUUUAACCGUAUUGGGAAGCAAUUUCUUGGAAUUUUUCCGUUUUGAAAUGUUCUUUUAGUGUUAUUUUUCUAGCUAUUUUUUUCGUGAAACUUUUUAAAAAUUUAUAAAAUUCGUAGUCUCUUAAAAAAACAUUUUUUUAAUGAGACAACAGAUUUUUUUCAUAAUUUACAAAAAAAUACUUAAAAUCUUCAAUUGUUGAUGGUAUACUAAGGGCUCGGCAUUAUUUUUAAAAAAAAAUAGUAGGGCAUGAAAAAAAUUUUUUUCACGCUGUCUUGCCUCAUGAAAUUCAAAAUAAGGGACUUGACUCUGUGAACGAACUUUAAAGUGGCUUCCAUGUUUUUUUGUUAUGUUAGAUGUGAACUUAUUCAACUUUCAGUCGAAAAUUAUUGAGAACUGCCUCAAUUAUUGCAGGUAACCUACCGCCCGGGUCCUCGAUACAACAUCGACCUGGUGGAAUUGCUCAAAAGAUGUCCGCAAGUGACCGAUUUGCACUACAAGAAGGACCCCCACUGCGCGACCGGAUACGACUGCGCCGACUUGAUCAACGCCAUGACCAGCGUUCGACGAUUUCAGUGCGGUUUUGGAUAAAUUUUCGAAAAAAAAAACAUUCUGAAAGAUUCUAUAUAGUCUGUGUGCCACGACUUGAAAUUUCACCGAACGACAUUCCGCUGUUGCGCUGCGUGCGUUUGCGAAGCGUCUUUCGAAUCUAGGUCACGAUUUCAAUUUAUUGUUAUUGCUCUGGGAUCACAUGAAAUUAGAGUACCUUGAUAAAAGAAAAAAAAAAUGAAAAGCGCGACCAAGGCUCCCGAAGGCGUGCAGCGGCACAGCGGAAUGUCGUUCCGUGAAAUUUCCAGUCGUUUCAGUUUUGACUGUGAUUUCCUUUAAAGUCAACCAGAACACUCCUUGAAGUUCCAAAAAAGAUCCUCCAAGUGCCAAGCUGCUCAACGUUCUAGUUUCUGAGAAAACCUUCGAAAUCCGUUAAAAUAAGUAUUUUUGUUCUUUGAGUCCUUGUUUCUCGAAAAUAGACAGAUGGCCGUUUGAAGUUGUCAUAAAACUUCUUCUGAUUCAUCGACAUACAUGGGAUAGUCUCGGUGAGACCUGAAAAAAAGAAGGGGGUUGGCGAAAAAAACCGAAAAAAAUUUUUUUCAGGGUGCGCGUUCGUCCGAUCUUAAAAAAAUCAAAGCAAUUUUUUUGUUUCACAGUUAGAAAGAUCGAAAAAGAAAAAGAGGGGGGCGCUUGGCAUUAAGUGAGGGGGGGCUGUUGUCAGUCAUGCUUAUCCCAUGUAUGUUCAUCGAGCAGAUACCUCUAGGCUAAAAAAUGAAAAGACCUUUUUUUGUAAAAGAGGUAGUUUCAAAAAAAUGAAGAUAAUUUUUUUAAACAUGGAUAACAAAUCACUGACUUUAGGAAGACAUGGGGGAGUAUUGUCAACUUUUUGAAAAUUGUCUACUCAAAAAAAAAAAAAAAACAGAGAUAGUCCAACAAAUGACCGCCUAGAAAUUUUUUUGCCUCAUCCUAAAAGCAAAUAGGAUUUUUUUGAUCCCGGAGUCCACAAAAUUUAUGCGAAAAUUCGCGAAAAAUUGAAAUUUUCUUGUCCCCACAUGUUUCUGAGCAUUUCUAGGGACCACUUUAGCGGCGUCAACACUUUUUAGUGAUCCCUGGAAUCGCUAGGAAGCGGUUAAGGCUACUGAGGUCCGACCAACCUCAGCUCUAGCUUUGAAAGAAAUACAAGGCUUUUUGAGAUUUUUUUGCUGUUCAUCUCAAGUCGUUCAUCUCAAUAUUUACCAUGUAAUUUAAUAGGAAACACCUCAUUUUUAUGUUCAAAAGACUCAUUUUUUUAUUUUUCAAAAUCGGAAUUUUGCGGUCGAAUGUGUAGGAAACUGCGUGUCAUGAAAUAACCGAAUCGAUUUUUUUUUCCUAGAAAUAUGAGACUUUUUCCUUUUCAAAUAUCUCUAUUUAUCAAAAAUCAACUUUUUAGAAUGGACCAUAUCGCCGGAACACGGGCCGAUGACCGAACUCUGACGGCUCUGAUCGAAAAAUCGCACGAACUUCGCCAUUUCAUCGUCUAUGAACUCAAGACCAACUUCAGUCUCGAGAAGAUUUUCGACGUUCUCCAGGUGCGCCUUAUCAACCUUCUUUCCAUUGAGGAACUGAUAAGAAGAAAAAAAAUCAUAAAGUUUUAAAGGGGGAAGGAAUGGAAAAGUGAUCUUUGGUGAGAGAAGGGGAAGUAAGUUUUUCAAUUUUUCAAAAGAAUAAUAUUUUUUUAAAAAAAUAUUUUUUUCUUGAUACUUAGAGUUUCAGUAUUAAAUUCAAAAAAAUACAAAGCAUUUUUCAAAUGAUUGAAUAAGUGAGCUUUUUUUCUGUGAUUUUUUUCAUGUUUUUUUAAAUUUUUUUACUUGUAAUAAUUUAAAAAAAGCCGUUUUUCCUUUGGAGGCAAUUUUUUGAAAAGAUGGAAAGCUUGAGUUUACUUUGAAGAAGGAAAGGAAAUCUUUAAUGUUUGAAGAAAAAUGUUUUUUUUUCAUUAGGUGAAUAAUUUUUCAAGUUUUGAAAGCUUUGAAUUUUUGAGAGUUUUGAAAGAACCUAAGAAUGAACCAAUAAAUGAACUUUUGCGUGUUUUUCAUGUUUUUUAAAGUUUUUACUUUUGUAAUCUCUCUAAAAAAACGCAGUUUUUUUCGAGAAAAUCGAUUUUUUUUUUGUUAGUACAAAUCAUAGGCGAACCUCUUAUUCUAGGGCUCAUAUGCCAUUGAAAAAAUUUUCAGUAUAUUUUUUUAUAAUUGUUUUUAGUAUAUUUUUUUAGCAUAGGCUCUUAAAUAACCCAGUAAAAGUUUAAAUGGACCUCAUAAUCAGUGAAAAAAUGGGAAUUUUUGAAGAUUUCUUGACUUUUGAAUGUCCUACUGGUAUUACCUCAAAAAAGCCAUUUUUUGAAGUAAUUUAAUUUUUUUUUGGUCCAAAUGAUAGAAGAACCCCAUAUUCUAAUGCUCACAUAUGCCCUUGGAAAAAUAUAAUCCAAAAAAAUGGCGAAAUCCUUUCCAGAGAGCCCAUUUCGCCGAAAACUACGUGCCCUUCCUGCGUUUUGGCCGUCUUCCGAGCGCCAAAAGCGAACUCAUCGAAUACCUGAAUCUGAGAUCCCGCAACAUUGCCAUCAACCCGAGGAUCCUCAACGUUUUCUUCCGUUUCAAGUUCCAAAACGAACAUUACACGUUGAACUCGUCCGAGUGGAAUUGGAACGCCGCCCAGAGACAGAUCGCCAUGUGA